GCGUUCUGGCGGAUCAUACAUGCCGAGUUGCUGUUUUCCCGCAGCACCUCCCAGGCAGCCAUUCAGCUGAUGAUGCCUGACCUGGUUGCUUUUGUAAGCGUUCUGGUCAAGGCGGCUGGCGCAGCAGUCGCGUGUGCCGCCGCUCCGCGGCGCACCUCAGCAGCUCUCGAGACGGCAGAGAGCAAACUUGCGCACAUUCGCAGCCGCAGUCCAGAACUGCACGUUCAGGUCGCAGCCGUCGAGGCUGUCAUGGCGCAGGCGAACACGGGACGAGGCUUCGGCGUGUCCGUCGGCGGCUCCCUGGUCCUGAGCAAAGGGCUUAUACAGAAAACUAUUCUGAGCCUGGCGGGCGCGGCUGCGGUGCUCGGGUCCUUCGGAGACUGGGUGCUUGGAGUCGAGGACAAGGAGUUCCAGGCCUUGAUCAACAAGAUAGACUUCCUGGACGACCGUGUGCGCGUCCUGGACGACCAUUUGCACGGCCUGGACCGCCAGGAUCAACAUCUGAGCAAGAUGAUGGGAUUUGUGCAAGGGCUCGUGCAGGAUAUGCACCGCGGCCAGUAG